AUGUCGCGGCCGCGCCCAGGUGUCCAUUCGGCUGGACUGAAGAUAGAUCCGGAUCGUGUAUCUCCGUUGUCAACGGAACGGACACUGUCACAGGCAGCUCCUCGCGUCAAGCGCCAACGAGUCGAAGUCGUCUUGGAUAUCAACGCGCGUACACCGACGCCAUCUCUACAUGGCAUUCCCGUACGAGCCACACGAUCCGUGCGGCAGAGUGCCACAACUGCGUCUUCAUCGACUGGAAGGUCGAUUGCGUCGUCCUCGUCGAGAAGUAUCAAAAGGGAGAUCAUCAGUCUGGAGGACGAUGAAGUCGACGAACUGGCGGAAAGUAUGUCUGACCUAGGAACGACUGUGCGCGCCGCCUUCAACAUGGCCAAAUGGAAGGACGAUCUGCGAGCUCUGUACUCAGCGGACUGCCCACUUUCCGAGAAGGACGUAGGCGCUCGUUUGAAGAUACUCUUUGCCGAACUUCCAGACGAACCAACGAAAAAGAUUGCCUCCGAAUACGCUGGUGAUCACGCUCGCAAGCGGAGAAAGACCAUCGAGUCGGAGCUGAAGAGCACGCAGGCACAACUGGCGAAGUUGCAGAGCAAGGCGGCUGUUUUUGACGAGAAGUUCUACCAGGCGGAGCACGAGAGCGAUGUCAAAAACUCCAAGCUUACCAGAGUGAAGAGUGUAUCCGCGUUGGUGGAUGGCUUCGUGGGCGGCUCUGCAGGGCCGAGUACGCGCAAUGCUGGUGGUAGAUUGCGCAGAUCUGAACCUCAUCUUGACACUAGAGCCGAUGAACCACCACAGAACUUCGACGCUCCGAUCAUCGUGAACGGAUACUUGCAAGAGGUCCAGAGAAAGUAUAACGCGAUCUGCGUUAAGGGCGUAGGCGUCAGACCUACGGUGAAGAAAGACUGGAAGAUCUGGUCUCUUACGCCCAAACCUCGCGAGGGAGAGGACGCCGCCGCAUUCUGCUCGACCACAGAUGUGAUGGAGGCUCCUCCCCAUCUAACAUGCACCAAAUGCAAAGAAGGGCCGCGGUUGUUGCGCGGCUUCCCCACGGAUCCGACGAAAGCUCGGGUCGUACAGCCUCGCUGUCUUUACACGAUGAAACUCCAGGGUAUCACCGAAGCGUCUCGUGUAUAUGAUGAUUCCUACUCGACUAAGAUCUUAAGGCGCGGGGUGCAUUUCAGACUAGGAGUGCACUAG